GGACCACUAUAAAUAGUCAAUCGAGGGCCCAGAGUGACAGCAUUAGUUUCUCAGUCAACAAACCGGCAGCAACAUGUACAAGCUCCUCCUCGUCGUCGCCCUCUUCGGAUGUGCCCUGGCCGCCCCCCUGAACGAUGAUACCAUCACCAAGUUCCUGGCCAACCAGGAUACCGAUGGAACCUACGCCUACGAUGUCCAGCAGGCCAGUGGCCUCCAGUUCCAGGAGGAGGGUCAGUCGGGUCACUAUGCUCGCGGAUCUUACAGCUACAUCUCCCCCGAGGGCGUUCCCGUCCAAGUGAUUUACACCGCCGAUGAGAACGGCUUCCACCCGCAGUCCGACCUUCUGCCCACUCCCCCACCAAUCCCAGAGGCUAUCCUGCGGUCCAUCCAGUUCAUCCAGGAGCACCCCACCCCCGAGGAGCUGGCCGAUCGUCAAGUGCGUGCCCAGCAGAUCUAAAAACAGGAAUACCAGUCAUAGUCUUAAGUUUGCCAAAGUCACAUUAUGUGUUCAUCCAAAUCAUUCGAUUAAAGCCAUUCAGCAUCGGCUGUUAAUUCAACCUA